CAUGCAUACUUGAUUGUCCGGACAAAAGAGACCUAGUGUGCUGCAGAUUUUGCGACAAUAGGAACUGUCCAGACCUUGCAUGUUCUGUCAGGUAUUCACCUCACCAGGGCGAAAAUUAACAGCCUUUCGUUUGAACAAGUAUACAUAGGAUUAAAAUGUUUACCAAUAUUCACACACAAAGCAACAAUGCAAAGAUGCAUGGAUUAGAUAAACAUGAAGCACAAACGGAACUCAAAAUACACACAGAAGAAAAGUCCCACAAAUGUGAUGUCUGUGGUAAAGGGUUUCUUCAACCCCAUAACCUGUUUUCACACAUUAGGGUUCAUACGGGAGAGAAACCAUUUCAAUGUGACAUGUGUGAUAUGGAGUUUAGUCAUUCUGGUAAUCUAAAGGUACACAGACGACAACACACAGGCGAAAAACCGUUCAAAUGUGAUUUCUGUGGUAGGGAAUUUACCCAGUCUUACAGCUUAACGAUACACCGUAGGUCACACACAGGAGAAAAACCACACGAGUGUGAUGUAUGUGAUAAGAAAUUCACUCAAUCGAGUGAGCUACAGAAGCACAUCAGGACACACACAGGAGAAAAACCUUAUCAAUGUGAUAUAUGUGGUAAAGCGUUUAGUAUGUCGCGAAGCGUCAAGAGACAUAGAAAGUCACACACCGACAAGAAACAUUUCAAAUGUGUUGUUUGUGGCGAGGAAUUUAACAUAUCAGUUGACCUUAAAAUCCAUCUAAAGACGACACACAAGGGAAACAUGCCGUACAGUUGUGACUUCUGUGAGAAGGAGUUCAGUAAAUUGUCUAGUCUACAGUUACACGCGAGGCUACAUACAGACGACAAUCCUCACAAAUGUGAUGUCUGUGGUAAAGGUUUCACUGUAGCUGGUAGCUUAAAGGAACACAUUAAGAAACAUACCGGGGAAAAACCAUACAAAUGUGAUAUCUGUAGCAGGAGGUUUACACUAACAAGUAGUCUUAAGGCACACAUUAGAAUACAUACUGGAGAAAGACCAUAUACAUGUGGUGUCUGUGGUAAAGAUUUUAAUAAUUCUAAUGAUUUACUCGUGCACCUCAGGUCACACACGGGAGAGAAACCCUAUAAGUGUGAUAUCUGUGGUAAGAAAUUUGUCGUGUCGAGUUCUCUACGAAAGCAUCUCAGGCUUCAUUCACAGGAAAAACCCGUGUGUGAUGUAUGAUGUAACGGGUUUAGUCAACCGAGUUCUCUGUGGGAACAUGAUACUUACAGACGAUAAAAUCAUACUAAUACAUCUAUGGUGAAGAAAAGUCACCACUUACGAAAACAACUUGUUCCAUAACAAUGGACUCUAUACAAGCGUGAUGAUUGGGUGAUGAGUUAAAUCAGUCAUGGGGCUAAAAGGAUCAACUCAGGACCUUUAGUGGAUUGUCAUGUGAUGUGCUAUCGCCGUUUAUGUAACAUGCAUCAGUCACGUAACUCCUUUGAAAUAAAAUUAUCAACAGAUCUUUAGAGGACUAAAACAUCAACAGAUCUUUAGAGUAAUAUAAGUCAUUUGGAGUAAAAAAAAUCAACAAAU